CACAUAAAGGUUUCCUUCCCCUGGCUACUCCUUCAUUACCACUACAUCUUCGGAUCCCUUCAGCAGGUGCGCUCCGCCACCAGAUCCACUCCAGCACCUCCUCGACAAUGGCAGCUGCCGCGCUCAGAGAACGGCUGAACAACCUCGUCACAUCCAUGUUCGCCACAGGCAUGCUGGACGAGAAUUUCCACCAACUGCAGUCCAUGGAGGAGGAUGGCACCGCAGCCCGGGGCUACGCUGCCGACAUGAUCAACCUCUUCAUCAAGGACACCAAGAGGAUCCUCAACGACAUUGCUGGCCUGCUGAGCCAACCCGUGGUGGACUACGACAUGGUGGACGUCCUCGUGCGUCAGCUCAAGGGGUCCAGCUACAGUGUUGGUGCUAAGAAAGUGAACCUAUCCUGCAUGCAAUUCCGCCGGUUCAAUGAGCCAAGAAGCAAAGAAAGGUGCCUCAUGGCGUUGGCUCUUGCUUGGAGUGAGUUCUGUGAUGUGCGAAGCAAGUUCGAGGCUAUGAUGCAGGUAGCCCCUUAUCUGGAGGAGCAGAUCGCAACAUAUGGUCCUAAGUAGUAGCUAUGGAAGGAAAAAGAGCAUAGCUACAAGUGACCCCUCCCAUGAUGGGGUGUAUGUUUCUCUCCAAUGUAGACAAUGUUCAAUAGGUGUCUGGCUUUGGAGGGUGAUUAUGAAAUAAUGCGAGGAAUCUUGCGUAGGAACAUGAAGAGGUGGGCAAUCUUUAAAUUACCUGGUUGUCAAACAAAACAUGUUGUUAUGUGUCAAUGUCUCUGUCAACUUACCUGGUUGUGUCCGCUGGGCUGCCGCUCCAUACAAUAUUUAAACUCUCUACCUGGUUGGUUUUUCACUGGUGGAUUGGUUUUGUUA